AGAAACCUAAGUGUCAGCAGCUGACGACGAAGGAACCGUUAGAAGGAGCGGAGUGAGUGUGCGGUUAAGUACCAGACGACAGUCUCCGCGUGCUCAGACAGUGGCUCCGCAUAAAUUACCACGCGGUGCUGUGUGUUGACGAUCCCUGAAGCUGUGUCGCUGACGCCUCCUGCGACCUCUGAAAAUUCCUCAAGCGACACGGAUGAACAACGUUCAACGUCGUUCUUACGCUGCAUGUCUUGAAAGAGCACGGACACCAACCGUGAAGCAGAGAGCGCCUCGCACAUCUGACUAGUAACCUGCACGAACCAUCUUGCAAGCGCCACAGCUACUUCAGCGAAACACCUCGAUCUGCUAAGACCCGCAAGUUCGGAAGGCGCAUUUUAAAAGUUCGCCGGAGCGCUGGUGCGAAUGCUCGCGCGUUAAAUGUACGCCAACUGAUUCGGCCUGACCGAAACCUGACAACGGUUUCGCAUCCGCCCAGCGGUCUGAAUCAUACGCACGCACUGCCCAUGAGACGAAGGUGCCGAUAGAGACACAAAAUACCCCACGUGACGCCGUAACCGGCGCUUCGGACGACGGACAACCGAUAGGCGUUAUCGAUAUGCCGUUCGAGUCGCUUCACCAGCCCGGCGGCGUCAGAAGAAAGCGGUUGCUCCAACGCCCAACGCUACGUCUCGGCCAACCGAGGGAAGCUAUGUCUACGGCAAAGACUAGGAGAACGAGGCCGGCAACGUCGCCUGCCUGCGACAUAACACCGCCGAGCUUCACGAGAUGGAACAGCGGCUACAGCAACUGGUUCGACCGAGCGCACACGGGCUCGCCAGAGAAAUCGCUCUCUUCCUUCGAGAUAGACGACGCUACAUUCCUGGAGUGCCUAGUCAACGACGUGGGCAGCCCCGACGACAGCCUUCGGCGACCAUUUCUAGCCAGGACGCCACCUAGGCCCGAAGUGGUGGUCUCUGCCGCCCUGACGUCAACGCCGGCCUCCCAAGGGUCCAAGAAGAAAGUGACGUUCGCCUCCUCCAACGCGGCGGCGAAGUCCAAGGCGAACUCGAUGCCAGACCUUCUGGAACCGCCGCCCGAAGCUUCGUGUGCGAAAGACUUGACCCAACCGGAGACCAAGCCGAGGGCCAGAAACUCGUUCGUGUUCGCGGCGUUUAGCAAAAUGCCGUUCUCUACGAAGCGCAGUAGUUCUUUUAUGGGAAUCGAGCCGUCGCCUGUCGACCAGCGAUGAACGUCAACCGCGUGACCGUCGAGUGCCUGCCUAUGUACAUAAUAUCAAAGUGUGCCCCGUGAGACUUCUUUAUCCGUGAACAACUUUCGUUAUAAGGCUUUACAAAUAAGCGGGACACAGGUUAUUUUUUUCUUCGUCUACCUUGCAGAACGUGGGGCAUAUUGAUUUGAAGAAAAGGUAUUACGAAGACGAAUGUUGCGAUUUGUUAUGAUGUUUGCAACGAUAUUGACACGUGAACACACAAUGUGAGGUGCUUGUCGGAAACUAUCUAGCUGUUUCUAUUUGAGUCAUGCUGUGCUCCUAAUUUGCUCUGAAUGCGAAGCAUUCUUUGCCUGUGAGGACCCUUAAAAAAUACGUGUGUACCAUGGUGGGUUUUGAACCAUGCAGAGUCCUCCAGCGUAACGCCUAUGUGUUCUACCUAUUAGGCCACAGACGCAUUCAGCGAGAAAAAUAGAAACCAUCGUAACAAUCCUUUCUUAAAUAUAUAACCAGCGCUUUGCGACUCUAUAUGUGACCUUUCACCGCCUUCGGUAUCGGCCCAGCAAAACAACACAAGCGAAGCGCACGCCUGCGAUAAGUUCGCGCGCAGCAGUGCGUGUCGCUAUCAUAUCUACUCAGUACUGCGAGGCACAUCCGUGUAAGAGUCCCACAAAAGGACAUCACUUGAACUAAACAAGAAAGCAACAUACAAACAAGCACAGAGUAGUAGCAAAGAGCAGAACAUGUAAGCAAGCAAAAGAGUAGUAAACUUCGCUUACUUUGGCAAUACGAUGGAUCCUGCACACUUGAAAAAAUUUCGCCAGCAGUGACACAGUAAUAUUGGAGAAGACAAACAAAGGCAAUAUGCAUGAGUUUUCAUUACACGCUUCCGCCUCUUCGUGCGUCUGCUUAAUGAAAGUAUAUUUUAGUUGAAAAUCUCCCCACCAUGUGCGUGUGAUCCAAGCGUGUGAGUUCGACAACAACGGCAAGGCGACGGCCCGACGGUUAACAAUGGAUUGAUCGACGACGAUUCUAUUUCGACGACGUGUCCUAUUCUGGCGAAGAAACACGACAACCUGUUCCAUUACGGCACGGACCGAUACCGAAAGUGGUACAAUGUCGCAUAGCGGAUUCGCACCCGCAAUAUAGCUGAUGGAGCUGGAAUUGUCGCUUUCCGUGUUUCUGCAUAGCGGGUUUAGCGUUCGCAGAGCAGUUUAAACCAGCCGAACUAACAGCUCCGAGCACUUUCAACCUUAGUAUAUCUGUCAACUUUUUAUCCCACUUCUUUCCCUUCCCCGCACUCCUGACCGAUUUUCAGGUGUCAGCCGCGACCUAGACAGUUACGGUGCGGUCAGCAGGCUUUCUUUUUCUCAAUCAACCAACCUCUCUCUCUUAUUCUCUCUCUCUCUCUCUCUCAAAGCGCUAGCUGCCGUAGGACAAGCAUAGAUAAACUAGCUAUGUUCAGAGUAACAAGCUCGGCGACGCUCUCUCUUUUAUAAGCAACUUGUUGCGACUUGACUCGCGUAAAGAAUAUUGGUAAGUAAUGGAAAGUAAUGCGUCUUUGACCUAACAGAAACUGGCAUGCCUGCAUGUGCUCUCGCUUUUCCAAGCAACUUGUUGCUAGACAACGCGACGCGCGCACCAAACGUUUCAGAGCGCCAGCUGGCACUAAAGAAGUAUGCCUUCGUCGGCGGCCUAAUUGGUUGAGCGUUGUUGCGCACUCCGGGGUAGCGUAUCGUACUGCUGCCGAGUUGUAGCGGCGCCUGUUUAUUGAAGCUUGACCGACGGUGAAAGAUGAUAAGAAAAUAAUGAAGUGAUGAAAAUUACAUUUCGGAGCCCCUUAAAUAGGCUCUCUAAAAUCGUGGGAGGAAUCUUGCUCCCGUCGACGUCACGUGACAGGCACAGAGUCGAUGGGCGUCCCGCCUCCGUAGGUACCAAGCCGCUGCAAGGAAAAGGGCGUCCCGCCUCCGGUUAUACCAAGCCUGCUGCAAGGAAAAGGGCGUCUCGCCUCCGGUUAUACCAAGCCUCAGGUCCGGGAAUUGUAGACGCUUGUCCUUCUCUUUUGCGCGUUGCUGGUUCGCGGAAGUUCCCCCGUAGAGCUUGACAGUUCGAGGAAAGGGUUCCUCUAAAGUCGCACGCCCACAACAGGGCCUGUAAACACUGCGGGGCUUCCGCCAGACCGGCAUACACUCGAGACAACCAUGGCGAAUUAGGAAGUCACACUUCGUUUUGAUGAGGCAUGGUGGGCGAGAGUCCUUUCUGCACGGGGUGCUAGACGCCAACCGUAACAGCAUCGGGAUUUCGUGCUGGCGAACCAUGACGCCCAGUAUCGGACAGGUGAUUUCUUUUCUCAUUUUCAUUGAAGGAAUUCGAGACGUGGCUAGUCCGAAACUGAUCACAAAGCGCUUGCUACGAGGUAAAUAAUACUUCGCAUUAAAAGUAACUUGUCCAUGACUACGCCCGAGGUGCCACAUCAUAAGGGCGAGUUAGACACGAGUACUGUUUUGUUGCGGUAGCAAUUAUAUGCACACUCCAGGCGCAUUUUUGCCGGCGUCGUCACCGUAGGCGCCCCCGUGAUGUUCCACAUAUAGUCCAAGGACGAUAACACUGUCGCCACGUGCCGUAUGAUGUACGUGGGAGUGAAAGCGUGCGAGGGUGAGCCAGCGAUCGCGGCUCAACCUCGUGACAGCGUUCUGACAGCGAAUGUCCGCGGUCAUCGUGUGUGAUGUGUGCAUGUCUGCCAGUGCGCGCUGACACUGUGCUCGUUAAUUUAGUUAGUAAGCGAGUGCUUACACGUUUAUACGGCCGAUAAAAUUACUAUCCAAGCUUGCUUAUUAUGGCUCUCUAUUAAUUUGCUAUCGCAAUUGAUGCUUCACCUUUCGAGCGAAAUUGCAACUAUUUUUGAUAGAGUCAUCAGUUUAGUUUACGAGAAACUGAUUUCGGAUAUCUACGUUCGCCGAGUCGACUUAAACAAUUGUGAAGCUGCUUGUUGCACUUUCACAGACGCUGGGGAAGGGCGGAAAGGGGCUGUCGCCAGUACGGCUUUCAUAUUCCAACGUAACCAUAAUCUCACCUAUAUAUUAUCACACCUGGGAGUCCUUUCCUAUAGCCAACUUUCAUAUCACCUGAAUAGCCAGCACUCGUUUUUAGAUGCAUUACACUCAUUAUGCAUACACAGCAGAUGCAACAAAAAAAAAAAAAGCCAUUACCAUUAUCACUAAGCGCAACACAACGUUGUAAUUAACGGUGACGACUGUUUAGUGAUUUCUUUCUUUCUGUGCUUAACAAAUUCAGUGCUCUCACAAGACGUGUAUUAAAAUAUUUUGAGUAAUGAAUGGAUGGAUGGAUGGAUGGUGAGGACUGUUUAGUGAUCUCUUUCUUCCUGUGCUUAACAAAUCCAGAGCUCUCACAAGACGGGUAUUAAAAUAUUUUGAGUAAUGGA